UCCCAACAUGCAUGCCUUCGGGGCGUUUUGACCAAUGAACGGAUCUAUGUGUCUGUGUGUGGUGGGCGGCUUAUGGAGAUGUUUGUGUGAGAGUGUUCAUUGUGUGGUCGGCCGAUCACCGCUUCAACAUGUAUAUGCCCUCGUCCGCUGCACCGCUGCACUGCCCCUCUCUCUCUCUCUCAGUGUGUGUGUAGGUGUGUGUGUAUGAUGCCAGGGUCACAGGGUCACAGACAGUAAUUGCCCGUGUCGGUGUUGUGGAUCUUGUGAAAGGUCCCGCACCCCCAUUGGAAGUAGCAGUGCCCAUGGUGGAGCUUGCCAUUCACGUCAAAGACGCACACGCGAUCCUUCUUUGGGCAGCCACUCACCUUGUAGCUUUUUUUCUUGUCUUUCCACUCGAUGCGGCACUCCUCCGCUUUCGGGUCGCAGAAGUAGCCGCCCUCGGCCAUGUAGAUCUGGUGUUCGUCCUGCUUGGAGGGCUCCUGGCUGCACUUGUACCCCUUGCCCUCGUAGAAUUCCGGGCCGAGGCAGCGGCCUUGCCGCUGUGUAUCCAGGACGCACACCCAGCUGUUUAUCAUGUGUGGGCAUUUCUUCACCACGAGGUCGCCUUCUUCGUCUGUCUUGAUGGAGCACUUAUUCGGCAAGGGCCCCUCAACGGCGGAGAGGAAACCUGACAACACCACGCACGUAGCAGCUGGGGCCUUCGCUUUGGCUCUUUUCAGCAACUUCCCGUCGCUGAGUCGCUCUCGCUCACCGGCCUCUGAGAGGAAGGCAGGCUCCGGCUGCUCCGCGGCUUCUUUGGCGAUGGCAUUGACACUGUGGAGGGCCGUCGUGGCCGUGGUGGCGGUUCCGGUCAGCUCAUGGCCGGCGGCGACGGACAACUCAGAUGGCAGGUGAGACGGCAGCCCCCCUGCACGCACAACGGACCAGUGGCACCACACGAACUUCCACACAGCUGUCUUUGUGUCUAUCGCGUACGCACCUGGCUGGGCGCUGCCAGUGGCGUCCUUGUCAAUGGCGUGGGCCGCCUCGCCGGCCGCGAGAGCGUGUGCCUGUCGGGCAACGCGGUUGGCAAUGGCCUUGUUGCGAUGGUUGAGGAGCUCGAGGCCUGUGGCGUUCACGGACAGCACGGGGAGCGCCAAUGCGAUACAGAGGGAUACCGCAAUGAACGACUGCAUCCUGGGGGGAUCAGCGCGAAUGGAUGGCAGAAACUGGAUCACAAAAUCAGGAUUCGCUGACGCCGCUA